AUGGCUAUCACUUCAUUUGUAAGCUUUCUUCUAUCUCUUCUUCUUAUCUUAGUUCAGGCAAAGGGCAGAAAUGUUUCAACUUGUCCAAAGUCAUUUUCAUGUGGAGAUUUUACAGACCUGAGCUUUCCUUUCUCUCUUUCCACACAACCUGAUUGUGGAAUGAUGUCCAUGUCUGGUUGUGAUGCUAAACCAUAUCCAAGAAUCCAACUAGUUCCUGGAGGAGAAUGGUACUAUGCUUUAGACAUGCAUAAUUCAUCAGUUUGGCUUAGGGACCCGAAGCUUCAAACAACGUUGAUGCAACACAAUUGCCAGGCUUUUAACAAAAAUUUCUCCCUUCCAAACUCUCAUUUUAUGUCUUUCCAUAUGGUUAAUAUUCAUAGCUUCUUCAAAUGCAUCAGUACCAGUUAUAAUGCCCGUAACAUUACACACAAGAAGAACAAUCAUUUUGUUGGUUAUAAUAUAUACAAUGGCUGUGAAGGCUUUAACAUAUACUACAACCUUUCCAAAGGAGCAGACAAUCUUCCUACCAACUGUUCACUUAUCAGAUUGCCAAUUCACUCAAGUCAUGGUGAUUUGUUCGACGUGUUAGGUCCUGAAUUUCUAGCAGAAUGGAAACUGUCUGAUGAAUGUAAUGAAUGUCAUGAUGGUGGAGGUCAAUGCCAAACUGAUAAAACCAACAAAUUUUCUUGUCACAAAGGUAGACAUCUCCAAAAUAAUCUAUACAUUCAAGGUCAAGUUCAUGCUUCUUAA